GGAAAACCGUAUCCAGUAAACGUUCAUCAAAAUGAGAGCUCUACUCAUUAUACUCUCCGCCUUGUGCUUGACUCUCGCCAUUUGCGAAGCCUUCGAGGACAUUGUGGCCUACAAGAAGUAUCCGGCUUCUUGUGUGGAGGCCAAGCCCAAAAAGAACGGCAUUGUGAAGAUCCAAGAUCCGAGAAGCAACGGCAGCGUGCCCCUCGAAGUGUACUGUGAUGUGAGCAUUGCUGGAUCCGGUUGGUUGGUCAUUCAGCGUCGCGUGGAUGCCAAAAUCAAUUUCUUCCGUAACUGGUCGUCGUAUCAACAAGGCUUUGGCGAACUCGACGGGGGUUUCUUCAUUGGCCUGGACAUCUUGCAUGCGCUGACCACGUCUAAGACACACGAGCUCUACGUGUAUCUGCAGGACUUUACGGGUCAAACACGCUUUGCCAAAUACGAUUCAUUUGCCAUUGGCAAUGAGUCCAAUCUGUAUGGACUCAAUGUGCUUGGCAACUACAACGGAACCGCGGGAGAUGCGCUCAGAUAUCAGCAGUAUAUGAAGUUCAGUACCUACGAUCGGGAUAACGACAACAGCGUUAACAAUUGUGCUGCUCAAUUCUCGGGUGCCUGGUGGUACAACAGUUGCAUGUACAGCAAUCUCAAUGGCCAGUAUCUGGGUGGCGAAUACGGAACCGAUCUUGUGGGUCGUGGCAACUGUUGGGUGCAGUGGCGUGGCAUCGAUUACGCCUACAAAACCGUCCAAAUGAUGAUCAAGCCAAAGAGCAAGAAAUAGUUUUCGUGACAAAAUAAAUAGUAUUAUUGAAAUCCCUCAA